GUAACUGGAGAGUAUUUCCGGUUCCGGCUGUGGGCCGGAGAAGACAUGGCGACAUCUUCGUCGGCAGCUGCAGGGGAGGAGGACUGGUAACUUUGGGGCAUGGGCUUUGGCUGACCGCCUGGAUCCGGUCCGGGGGACUAGCGGCGCCGUGGACGGUCCGUAUGGCGGGCAUGUGGGGCGGAGCGAGGGAUGGCAGAGACGCUGACAUCUUUCCCUGAGAGCUUCUGGACUGGGAGUGGGUGGGUGGAGGGGCGCUGAUCUAAGCGAGAGACGACGGGAUCUGCGCUGACCAGGCCAGGGCGAGCCGCGCCUUAUCUGGUUCGACCCUCUUUCCUCCGGCCUCAUCCUAUCCCCUUGUCUCUUCUUGAAGUGGAUUUGCUCAGGGUCCGGGGGGAUUCCUGCUCAUCAUAUGGCCCCACGUCUCUUUAACCUCCCAAAACCUGUCCUCCGGCUCCCGUCCCCGCCCCGCUUGGUGAGCCUAUCUCUGCCGAGGCUUUCCUCUCCCUUCUGCCUCCCUGACAGUACUGAGGGCUGUUGUCUGAAUAAAGCCUUACACUUCACAAAAAGCUCUCUUAGUCCUUCUCUCAAGCAUUCUAAAAGAGACCAGAACCUGAAAGGACUCUGGGAUUUGGGAAGAGGAUCAAAGUGGGUCCACUCCACGUUUUAUUAGCUGUGUGAUGCCGACCAGGCCUCCUAUGUUCUAUGAGUCAGUGUCCUCUGCUGUGGAAAGGUGGGUGUGGCAUCUACCUCAUAGAGUAGUGGAGAGGAUCAUGAGGGGUUUGUAACAUACAUCGGCCUCCUUUUCAUGAAUAACUCUGAGAUGUAGGCAUCUGAGGAGACUACAUGAAGCCUGACAGGGUCCUCCCCUCUGAAAUCGAGGUGUUAGAAUCUAUCUAUCUGGAUGAACUACAAGUGAUUAAAGGAAAUGGCAGAUCUUCGCCGUGGGAGGUCUGCAUCACCCUGCACCCUGCCACUGCCGAAGACCAGGAUUCACAGUAUGUCUGCUUCACUCUGGUGCUUCAGGUCCCAGCACAGUAUCCCAAUGAGGCGCCACAGAUCUCUAUUCGUAACCCCCGAGGACUCUCAGAUGAACAGAUCCACAAGAUUUCACAGGCACUGGGCCAUGUAGCCAAGGCUGGGCUGGGCACUGCCAUGCUCUAUGAGCUCAUCGAGAAAGGGAAGGAAAUUCUCACAGAUAACAACAUCCCACAUGGCCAGUGCGUCAUCUGCCUCUAUGGUUUCCAGGAGAACGAAGCCUUUACAAAAACACCCUGUUACCACUAUUUCCACUGCCACUGCCUUGCUCGGUACAUCCAGCACAUGGAGCAUGAGCUGCAGGCUCAAGGACAGGAGCAGGAACAGGAACGGCAUCAUGCCGCAACCAAACAGAAGGCUGUUGGUGUGCAGUGUCCAGUGUGCAGAGAGCCCCUCGUGUAUGAUCUUGCCUCACUAAAAGCAGCCCCUGAGCCCCAACAGCCCAUGGAGCUGUACAAGCCAAAUGCAGAAAGCUUGCGCCAACAAGAAGAGCUCAGGCGGCUCUACCAGAGGCAACAGGAGAGGGGGGGCAUCAUUGACCUAGAGGCUGAACGUAACCGGUACUUUAUCAGCCUCCAGCAGCCGCCUGCCCAUGUGGAACCUGAGUCAGCUGUAGAUGCCUCCAGAGGAUCCCAACCACUCAGUGCCCUUGCCACAGAACUGUCCCCUUCAUCAACUGCCCAACCUACCCAGUCAGCUCCUCUGCCUGCGGCUUCCCAGUAUAUGUGCGAGAAGAUUCCAGGGACUGGGCCAAAUCAGCAAAGGUUGAGCGAGACGCAGAAAACUAUCCUGGAUACACCCCGGGCCAACCGAGGCCCCUGGAGACAGCCUGAACGGAGGCACCUAAAGGGAGGGGAAUACAAUGCCCACAAAGGUACCAAUGACACCCAGGAACUGCCACUUCCUGAGGGGCCCAAGGAGUCCAUGGACGUAAAGCCAGAAGAACCCCAUAACCAAGGGGUUGGAGGUCCUUCCCAAGAGAAUGGGCCUGGCAACUGGCAGGGUCCCCCGCCCCGCAGGACUCGGGACUGUGCUCGCUGGGAGCGUUCUAAGAGUCGGACACCAGGUUCUUCCUAUCCCCGCCUGCCUCGGGGUCGGGGAACCUACCCACCUGGUACUCAAAGGGAGCCCUUGAGCCUGGAAUCAGAGGAUGGUUCCUAGCAGUACUGUGGUGGGACAGGGAAAUGGGGGUAGGAGGGGGGCAAUAAAGAGAUUUGGCCUUGUU